AUGCUUCAAUGUUAUAAAAAAAAUAUCGAUCAAACAAUUGAUACAACAUCACCUGAAAAUGCUUAUUUUAUGGAUGGAAAUAUUCUUUGCCAAGCUUAUAAUAAUAGUUCAUCAUAUCGUAGAUGUUUAUAUUCAAUAUAUGGUCGUUAUGAUGUUUGUUCAUAUGAACGAUAUCCAUAUUCAUAUGAAUAUUCAAAAAUUUAUUGGAAAUUAAUAAUGAGUUCAUGUAUUUUAGAAAAUAAUAAUAAUUGUUAUCCAUCGAGAAUAAAUCAACAAGUUAUUAAUAAAUGUAAUUAUUCAUUUGAUGAAAAAUUUCCAACAAAAUGCAGAGAAUUUUUACGUUCUUUAAAAUGUUUGGAACGAUAUGAAAUGGAAUUAAUUUCAUCAACAUACGGUUCAGUAUGUUCACGAAAUAAAGCUUAUUAUUAUUAUUAUGAAGAUCUUGCUGCUCGUCUUCAAUUAGCCAUUGAUAUUUGCGAAAUUAAUUUAACAUUUUAA